CCUGACUCGCCGUCUGUUCUCACGACCAACAAGAGAGCAACAGUCUCUCUCUCUCUCUCUCUCUCUCUCUGCGGAAUCAGUCCUUCUCUCUCCUCUGUCCUUUAUCGUCUUUUCGCAACCCCGAGCAAAUCAGACGGCUCACGCAUCUCCACGUCUCCUUCGUCUUCUUCGUUAUUUCUCUGCUACAUCCCACGCUCAUAAACCGCCUCUGCACACUUUCUCUCUCUCCUCUCCCUUCUCUCUCUCUCCUCAUCUAGGGUUUCCAUUGGCUCGUGACAACCAAUUACACUACUCUUUCUCUCUCCACAAUACAAAGGAUUUCUCUCGCCUCCCCCACAGUUCGAUCCUUUGGUUGCAAAUUCCUCCACUCCAAGGGUUUCCUUUCGGUUGCUUUGUUACGGUUGGAAUUCAAAUUCCAACAGAGAAAAGGUUACUGCUUUGUGGUAAUUUUGGUGUUAUGUUGAAUGGCGAUUGAAAAGAACAGCUUUAAGGUUUCCAGGCUUGAUUCAGAGCUUUUGACGCGGAGUAGGGGGAGUAUGUCGAGUGAGGACGAUGAGCUUCAGAAGCCGAGCCCGGGUGUUGAAUCAGAUGACGACGACGAUGAGUUUGAUGACUGUGACUCUGGGGCGGGGUCCGAUGACUUUGAUUUGUUGGAAUUGGGGGAAGUUGGGGAGGAGUUUUGUCAAGUUGGGGAUCAGACUUGUAGCAUACCGUUUGAGUUGUACGAUCUCUCGAGUUUGGGUGAUGUUUUAUCAAUGGAUGUGUGGAAUGAGUGUUUGAGUGAGGAAGAUAGAUUUCUCCUCGCAAAAUAUCUUCCCGAUAUGGACCAAGAGAUGUUUAUGAGGACUUUGAAAGAGCUCUUCACUGGUUCCAAUUUGCACUUUGGGAAUCCCAUUACUAAGCUCUUUGGUAUGUUGAAGGGAGGGCUAUGUGAACCAAGGGUUGCUUUGUAUCGACAGGGUCUGAAAUCUUUUCAGAAGCGCCAACACUACCACCUUUUGAGGAAGCAUCAGGACUCAGUGGUCAACAAUCUUUAUCAGAUAAGGGAUGCUUGGCUUAAUUGUAGGGGAUACAGUAUUGAAGAGAAACUUCGUGUGUUAAACAUCAGGAAAAGUCAGGAUAGUUUGAUGCAUGAAAAUAUGGAAGAGUUGGAAUCGGACUCCUCAGAAAGAGAUGAAUCAGGGGAAGGUUUGUGGAGUAGAAAGCUAAAGGACCGGAAGUACAGUACGAAAACAGGUCGUCAUCCUGUUUAUGGAACAAGUCCAACCUCAGAUUUUACUUCUAGGGGGACGCCAAUGCCCUUGGAACAAGCAAAGUUUGGAAAGCAGAACCCUAAAGGAACAUUGAAAUUGGCAGGAUCAAAGACACCUUCGGCAAGAGAAUUAGUGGGUCGGUUUCCUCCUUUUCACCAUGGUGCAGAAAUGAAACUGGGUCCUUAUGGUUCACCAUUGGCAGCUCUUUCUCGACCAAAUAAGGCUGCAGGGUAUGAUUUAGGGGCUGCUGCCCGGAUGAGAGAUCAUAUGAGAGGUAAUGAUGAUGCUGAAGAAGCAAUGUAUGAAGUAGCUGUUCAGAAAGAUCCGAGUUUCUCAAGAAUUAGUUCACUGGAUAAAGUGGGACCCGUUAAGGUGGGAAAGAAGCAGGAAGGCUUGAGAGUCGAUGAUUAUACCACUAACAGUUUCAUGGGUUUGAGUGAUGUACCAACUUAUGGUGGCAACAGGGCCGUGAAUAAGUUGUCCGAUAUUAAGAUAUUAACUGCUAAGCCAUCUAAUGCCAAAAUUUCCUAUGAUUAUGGCAAAAAGGUGAAAUAUCUUGAGAAUGUUCCGCCAUUUCCAUUUGAAGAACCAAUGAAUUAUGGGAAAGGCCGGGAUCAGAAUUUGUCUCUGAAAGGAAGUUGGAAUGAGUUAUCUGAUGGACCCAGACCAUUUUGGCACGAAAAAGCACAAGGAGAAGCUUUCUCUGUUGAUCCCUCCUUUAAAUAUGGUGAUUGGAAUGUUAAAAGUAACAAGUGGAAGAUGGAGAGAGAGUCUUCUGACCUUAAAGUUAAUGAGAGGUUAGCUAAGCCUGAUUACAGGACAAAGUCAUCUCUAGAGAAGGUGAGGGGAAAUUCGGUGCAGAAUGGGAGGCGAGACAGUGUUGGACUGAGGGGCAGUAGAACAUAUGACAACACUGAGGAAACAGAAUCAGACUCGUCAAGGCAAACUGAUGAAGAAGAUGAGGAUGAUGAUGAUGACAAUCCUUUGAUGAGGAGCAAGCUGGCUUACCCUCAUGGGAUAUCUGGUCCAGAGCCUAGAAAGGCUAAAGUAUUCAACAAAAAUAAGAAGAAUCAGCCUAUAGAUGGAUUAUCACACCGCUCAAAGAAGAUGGCUGGUAUGGGUUACUUACAAAGUCCUCGUUUGAAAGCAAAGCAGAAGGGUAAGAUGCAUGAUAUGGAGAAUUUACAAAAUUCUGCUGCUAAAUUGUUGGAAGAUUGCUAUUUCUCUGGAUCAGGCCAGUUUAAUGGUGAUGACAAUCAGAAACAAACAUAUGAGUCGAGGAAGAAUGAUAGCCAGUUGCAAGGAGAACACAGCGAAAGAUUUCACAUGGCCUCACUGAGGACCCUCCCUGCAGAGAGAAGGCAGAAAGGGCAUUUUGGGCAUGAUUAUUCUCUCCAUCAGUCAAAUAACUUGCAUGAUUAUGUUGUUGAUGAGAGGGAUUCUCUUGAAGCACGGCAAUUAGCGGAGGAUAAUGUAGUUACUGGUAGACUGGGGAAGAAAGUUAAAGGCAUGGAAGCUUAUGGUGAUGAACGUCACGAAAGAUCUGAUGUCCCAUUAGCAUUUGAAAAGAAGCGAAAAGUGAAGGAAGAUGUGACUCAAGAUGAGCGAGGUGAUAAUGAUCAUGUGCACUUUAGCUCUCAGCAGCAGCUCGGUGAUACUACUGUUUCUAAGAAACGGGGAAAACGGAAAUCAGAGGAUGGCUCAGGUGCUUUUGAGUUGGGAACCUCUGAGACCCCUGUCGCAGAAAUGGGAGCAGCAGAAGUAGAGAUUGAACCCGUACCACAGAAAAAGCCAUUUAUUCUGAUUACACCUACAUUCCACACUGGCUUCUCAUUCUCCAUUAUACAUCUACUUUCAGCAGUACGUACGGCAAUGAUAACUCUGCUUCCAGAAGAUUCCUUGGAUGCUGGCAAGCAUCUUGAUAAGAAUGAUGGAGGGGAGAAAGUUGGGGAGGACCAACACGGAAACCAGGAAGUGACAAAUGGGCUUCAUUCUCAGGUGAACUUGGAAAUCAACAAAUCAGAGAAUUUUGUGCAACUUAAUGUCCCUUCUCUCACUGUUCAGGAAAUUGUCAAUCGUGUGAGAUCAAACCCUGGAGAUCCGUUUAUCCUUGAAACUCAAGAACCACUUCUGGAUUUAGUCAGAGGAGUUCUGAAAAUAUUUUCUUCCAAAUCAGCACCUUUGGGAGCAAAAGGAUGGAAGCCACUUGUCUUCUAUGAAAAAUCCACCAAAAGCUGGUCCUGGAUUGGUCCAGCUUCCCAUAGUUCAUCAUCAGAUCAUGAAGUUGUUGAGGAGGUGACAUCUCCUGAAUCUUGGGGUCUUCCUCACAAGAUGCUUGUCAAAUUGGUUGACGCAUUUGCUAAUUGGCUCAAAAGUGGGCAAGAGACCCUUCAACAAAUAGGAAGUCUUCCUUGCCCACCCUCGUCGCUGAUGCAGUUUAAUUUGGACGAGAAAGAAAGGUUCAGGGACCUAAGAGCUCAAAAGAGUCUCACCACUAUCAUUCCGAGCUCUGAGGAAGUAAGAGGGUAUUUCCGCAAAGAAGAAGUUCUCAGGUACUCAAUUCCUGACAGGGCAUUCUCUUACACAGCUAUUGAUGGUAGAAAAUCUAUUGUUGCUCCCUUGAGAAGGUGUGGUGGUAAGCCAACAUCUAAAGCCCGCGACCAUUUUUUGCUGAAACGCGAUCGGCCGCCUCAUGUAACCAUUCUUUGUCUUGUGAGAGAUGCGGCUGCAAGAUUGCCUGGAAGUAUUGGUACCAGAGCAGAUGUUUGUACUUUGCUUAGAGACUCGCAGUAUAUAGUGGAAGAAGUCUCUGAUGCACAAGUCAAUCAAGUUGUUAGUGGAGCCUUGGACCGUUUGCAUUACGAACGUGAUCCGUGUGUUCAGUUUGACGGGGAAAGGAAAUUGUGGGUUUAUUUACACCGGGAAAGAGAAGAAGAAGAUUUCGAGGACGAUGGGACUUCAUCUACAAAGAAAUGGAAGAGGCCAAAGAAAGAAGCCUCUGAGCCAUUUGAGCAGGGAGCUGUGACUGUGGCUUAUCAUGGGUCUGAGGAACAACCUUUGGUUGAGUUGAGCUCUGAUCUCAAUGCUGAGCCAUCAUGCGGGGAUGAGAAUAAGAGAAUGGAGUUAACAGAUUAUGACGGCAAGCAUAUUACAGAGGACUAUGUCGAAACUAACCAUGGAUCUGAACAAGGGACCAUGCAUCAGGGUCGUCCAAUGGAUUGGGAGUCUCUUCGGUUGAGUUCUAUGCGAGAGAACAGAUUGCUUUGUCAAGAAAAUUCCACCAAUGAAGAUUUUGAUGAUGAGAUGUUUGAUAUAGAACCACCGGAACUUUUAAGCACAAGCUUGUCGUGAGGCUCCAGGCUUGGUGUCCACCUACAUCUUGGGGAUGAUUUCCAGCAAGGUGUUUUCCAUUCAUUCAAGGGUCGGCACCAAACAUGUAAAUUGUUUCGGGUUCAGAUUUUUUCACUUAUUUAUCCUUGUUGAGGCCCAAUUUAGUGUUUUACAGAGAUAUCUCGAGCUUUGACCUCCAGAUCCCAGAUUUUUCUUUUACAUCAAAUUUGGUACUAUGAUCAACCGAGUAUAGUUUACCGAUAAAAUGGGGUAAAUUCUGUAUGUUGGAGCUGUAAAUUAUUUUUGUUGAAAUAUCAGAUUAGCAUCUGGUGGUAGUUUCAGCUUUUUUUUGCUUGUACUUGAAUGUUGCAUCUCUUGAAAUUUUAAGUGGACUUUUAGUUGUCUUUUGUAGGAUGGGGUGAUUAAUUCCCAAUAAAGACGCUUUAUAUUUUUAUCCUCAGGGAUGACAAUGAUCUUUUCUUCAUCUUUAGACGGAACUCGGGGAUGAGGUAUUGAUCAAUUGAUAGUGUACAUCAGGUACGGAUCUCUUUUCUACAAAUUCAGUACCGGGGGUUAUUUUGCACGAGAAGUGAAUGAAUGGUUGAAGGUAACUAAGGAGUUUUGAUGAUCGUGAGAAUGUGCAGAACACCACUUGAAUGUAGCAUUCUCUCCCCCUUAUUUACAUGUAAUCCUAUGGAGAGAGGCGGAUGCUUGUCUCUAGCAGGGAGCUUCGGUCGUGAAUGUGUCGAUAAAUCUGUAAUGGUAUUCUGUCUUUUGGAAAAACAGGCAACUUUGUUCCUUCUCA